AUGGCAGUUGUGCUUUUUUAUUGUGGUGGUUGUGCUUUUUUCGUGCGGCUGGUCGUGGUGGCGGACAAUCGCGAAGUGGUCGAUGGAUGGAAAAAGAGCGAACGAUGCGAGAAGGCGGGAGAAAGCAGCAGCAGGAAGCGUGUCUCGUCUGCUGGAGAAAACAAAGCGCCUGGCUUUUUUUUGCUGGCGGAGCGAACGUGGGAACACAAUUUGAUGACGUCGACGCGUUAUGGACUGUACGUACAUCGGAGCGAAAGAGAGAGAGAGAGAGGGCGGGAGCGAGGUUUUAUUGGCGAGACUGUUGUGUGCGACAUGUCGUCCUUGGAUUGCAGAAACGGGGAAAGAUGCAGCGGGAUCCUGGUUGUCAAUACAGGAAUCAAGCCAGUCAGUGGGCGCCAAGAGUGGCUGCGAGGCGUGUUCUUUAUUCGAGUUUUCGUUCUUUUUUCUUCUCGCUGA